UUGCAUAGGUAGUUUGCUGGGACAAGCUUCUAUCACCAGUCACGGGCCAGGGUGUGCAAAAGGCAGGACUCAAACAUAGCUAACGGCUUCUUGGAGGCGGAGUGGGCAGAUGGGGGACAGGCAGCAUGAACUAGUACCACUGGUACCUUCAGCAAAGAAGUCAAGAAGAAAAGGCAGCAAAAGCCACGUUUCCACCCCUGCUCAAAGAUACUAUUCUCCUGGCGCAGCUGUUAAAACUAUAGGCUAAGGCAUGUCUAUUGAAUGAAUGCCAAAAAGUUGACUCAGUGAAUGAUUAAAAGCCUGUAACAGAAUUCACUAGAGCGUGAAACACGAUGACUUUUGCCCGUGAACUGGGCUAUUGCAGCAGAAACGUGUCCCAAGACAGUCCGUGAUGCUGUGAAGAUGAGAGCACCAGGCAGUGACCAUCUGAUCAUCGGUAGAUGGUCACAGCCUGACCUAUUCAGAAGGUGAACGGGGCUGUCCUCAGAGAGUCUGUUGCUGCAGAAGUUGGUACAUGCGUGCGAUGGAGGAGCUGAGUACCAUCAGCAGGAGAAGACACUAAGGAAAUGGAACUGAGCAUCAACAGAAAGAGGAUCCUAGAUGACAAAGGACAGAAGAAGGGGAAGUGUUCAUCACUCGCAUUCUGGUCCCAGGAGUGUGGGGCGCUCUCACAAAGCGCAGGGAAAGGAGGACGGACCUGCAGUUCUGGGAGGAUGGGAGAAGUUGUGCGGAUAGUGGUGUUUGUGAUGGCUUUCAUCAGCUGCAACGCCCUCCUGGAUCUGUCUGGUGUCCACCAGGUCAAGGGCACAUGGAUGGGAUCCAUCACUUUACCAUGUACCUACACGCCCUCAGAAGGUUUCACACAGGAAACGCUCAGCUGGAGCAUGGAGCGAGACUACAGCACCUCUACUGUCUUUCGGAGGGAUGAUUCUGGUGACCACAUCUUGUUGUCUCGGUUCCGAAAUCGGGUCGGCGUCCCAAAGCACAGCCCAGGGGAUGCCUCGCUCCUAAUUGAGAACCUUGAAAUCCCUGACAGUGGACACUACACCUGUCAAGUCACCUGGAGGUCAAAAAAUAACAGCUUGAUAACAAAGGAGUUGACGACUAUUGUCAAAGUUGUCAAAGUUGCAGUGACCAAGCCCGUCAUCAGGGCUGGCAAGCUGGGGCUGACGGUCCCGGCCGGAGCCAGGACCAGCCUGACCUGUGUGGCCAGCGGCUCCCCCCCCAUCAGCUAUCGCUGGUUCAGGAGCAGCCCAGGAGGGAAAGCCCAGCUCCUGAGCAGCCAGGCGGAGCUGGCGUGGGACAGCCUGCGGCUCUCCGACGCUGGGAUGUACUACUGUGAGGCGGAAAACAGGGUCGGGGACGGGGCUGUGCAGCAGAGCGACGCUGUUGAGCUGAGGGUGAGAGAGUUCCCAGCCAGUUGGCAGCCCAGCCCUGGGACCGGCAGGCACAGCAGACCCCCGCCCACCCCCCGAGGCGAUGCUCCCCAGCCAGUGCCCACAGAUCUGCCCCCAGCAGCAACGCUGGGCUCCAGGAGGGAUGCCGUUUCGGAGCGGAGGGAUGCUGUUUCGGAGGGGCCUCCCAUUGCCACAGGUCCCCCGCCGGCCGCGCUGCCCCCGCACCUCUACGCGCUGGCGGCCGCGCUGGGCGGCGUCGCGCUCGGGGCGCUGGCGGCCGCGCUGCUGCUCCGGCGGCUGCGGAAGAAGAAGGAACCUGCCUAUGAAGUUGCUUUCUAUAGCACUGCAGAUGUCACGAGGUUGGAGACUGACAUGGAAGUCCCUGUUAAAUGUCUACAGGAGGAGACAAAUUCUAAGACUGAAACAGCCAAUGAUACUUUCACCAUGAAAGACAAUCGCCGUGGCAGCAUAUGCAUCAGGAAAAACCCCGAGUAUGAGAACCUUGUGACUGCAAUGGAAUCAGAAUUUGAAACAGAAAAAAAUUACUAGAGUAUCAGCUUUUCCACAUGAGCAGCCGUGCAGGGCUGCAGCUAGUGAGUGGUAGACUUCUUUACCAAAGGAACCUCUCCUUCCUGUCUGCCUUCUGCUCUGAUAAAUAUACCAGUCUCACCGCUUUCUUUAACCCAGGGGAACUGCGUAACCUUCUUGGGCUUUGACAAAUGAGGGCCUGCCCCUUGGUGCAGAAACCCUCAGCCACCUACUUUUAUAGAGCGAAUAAUUUCUGAGCAGCCUGAAGGACCAAGGUGAGGAAGAGAUGAUCUGAAGGGCUGGAAACACAGAUGUCUUUAGCGUGAAAAUCAAGGUGCGGCUGGGUGCAAUGCUGCUCACCAGCAAGGUGUACUCUUAAGUGCAUGUUCCCCUGCUAGGACAUCCCAGACUGCGAGGAGCCAGGGGUUGUGCUGGAAAGGGAUGUCCUCUGGCCUUUGCAGCUCAACAAAUACUGUUUGGACAUCCUGCUUGUCUGCUUGUCCUUGAGCCUUUUUUGUUAGAGCGUGGUAAAGGGACCACAGAGCAGGACUGGUGUCCCAGGAAUGUCAUUUUUGCUAUCAGACUGGAACGCAUUGACAGAGGAAGGGGGAAUGUCCCUGUAGGUGAAGAGCCUCUGAAAUGCAACCUUCUGUUUUUCUCCUGGAAAAGCAAAAUUGGUGUCGAAGCAUUUUGUUUUUACAGUGUGGGGGCCAGAAGCAUAAUAAAAUAGAGAUAAAUUUGAGGCAUUUGGAAUAAUGAUUGAGCAAGGGAUCUCCCUGGACGCGGGGGAUUCGCUCUGUGGGACACGAGCGAAUCUGUCUGAUUGCAACAGAGAUAUUAAUGCUGGCCGGUGUUGUGGGCAUGCUGUGGGUGCUCACGUUUGUAAAAUGCCUUGAAAAGCGCUCGAUUAGCGCAACGUAUUUUCUUUCCCAGGGCAAAUACAAAAGGCUUCAAGGGAUUUUGUUGCACAUGAAUUCUGACUUCCUUGGUAUUUCACCAUCCAGCGCCAUCAUUUUUCUGUUCCCUGCUAAUUUAUGCUUUUUCUCGGUCUUCUGAUGUAAUUCUGCAGAACGGGCAGGGGUACAGUCAUGGCCACGGUUUGUCUUGGGCGUUUGACUUGGGUUUGCCUUUUGAAGAGGAGGGGACAGGAGGGGGCACCAAGGAGCCCACACCAUGCUCCUGGCAUGACUAGACCUCACCACAGCCCCCGGAGCUUGUCGUCGGGGUCCUGGUGCUGCCUCCACGUGCAAAGUCACAAACCCGCAGCCGCCUACUUCUGCAGCGAGAGCACAGUAAGGCACAGUGCUCCAAACAGUGACGAGCUCAGGCUGGGGCCUGGAGAUGAUUGAAAAACCCUAAUUUCAGUGAGCUGGUUGGAAGCAUCGGCACCUGAGCUGGGCACUCUUAGGGCUGAAGGUUUGCCAGGAGCAAUGGGGGGUGCUUUCCGGUU